AAUGAAACGGGGCCUUGCCUCGUUUCCAUUUGCUCGAGGCUGUGAACGACGUCGGAACUUAGUUAGCUUCAGUCGCAUUAAGAAACUUUUGCUCGUCGUCUAAAAUGAGGGAAAUCGUUCAUUUGCAGGCGGGCCAGUGUGGGAAUCAAAUUGGGGCAAAGUUUUGGGAGGUGAUCAGUGACGAGCAUGGCAUCGACCCGACAGGAACAUACCACGGGGACAGUGACCUGCAGCUGGAUCGCAUCAACGUUUAUUACAACGAGGCGUCAGGUGGAAAGUAUGUGCCGCGUGCGGUGUUGGUGGACUUGGAGCCAGGGACAAUGGAUUCUGUAAGAUCUGGUCCGUUUGGCCAGAUCUUUAGACCAGACAACUUUGUCUUUGGCCAGAGUGGAGCUGGUAAUAACUGGGCUAAAGGUCACUACACUGAAGGAGCUGAGCUGGUGGACUCUGUCCUUGACGUGGUCAGGAAGGAAGCAGAGAGCUGUGACUGCCUCCAGGGCUUCCAGCUCACCCACUCCCUGGGAGGAGGCACCGGGUCUGGCAUGGGCACCCUGCUCAUCAGCAAAAUCCGAGAGGAGUAUCCAGACCGCAUUAUGAACACUUUCAGUGUGGUGCCGUCACCCAAGGUGUCCGACACCGUAGUGGAGCCGUACAAUGCCACCCUUUCUGUCCACCAGCUGGUUGAGAACACAGAUGAGACUUACUGCAUUGACAAUGAGGCCUUGUAUGACAUCUGUUUCCGCACCCUGAAGCUUACCACACCCACCUACGGCGAUCUGAACCACUUGGUCUCAGCUACCAUGAGCGGGGUGACCACCUGCUUGCGUUUCCCUGGCCAGCUCAAUGCUGACUUGAGAAAGCUGGCUGUUAACAUGGUGCCCUUCCCCCGGCUGCACUUCUUCAUGCCCGGCUUCGCCCCACUGACCAGCCGCGGCAGCCAGCAGUACAGGGCAUUGACAGUUCCUGAACUCACGCAACAGAUGUUUGACGCCAAGAACAUGAUGGCAGCGUGUGACCCCCGCCACGGCCGCUACCUUACAGUCGCCGCCAUAUUCCGAGGCCGAAUGUCCAUGAAGGAGGUGGAUGAGCAAAUGUUGAAUGUGCAGAACAAGAACAGUAGCUACUUCGUGGAGUGGAUCCCCAACAACGUCAAGACGGCUGUCUGCGACAUCCCUCCCCGUGGCCUCAAGAUGGCCGCCACCUUCAUUGGCAACAGCACAGCCAUCCAGGAGCUGUUCAAGCGCAUCUCUGAACAGUUCACCGCCAUGUUUCGUCGUAAGGCCUUCCUCCACUGGUACACGGGGGAGGGUAUGGACGAGAUGGAGUUCACCGAGGCUGAGAGUAACAUGAAUGACCUGGUGUCGGAGUACCAACAGUACCAAGAAGCUACUGCUGAGGAGGACGGCGAGUUUGAGGAGGAGGCUGAAGAGGAGACGGCCUAGUCACAAACCCAUGCCCUUUAUUCUUACUGUGCAGCAAAGUAGUUGGAAUCCUUUCAGUGUGCAUGCAGCUCUCCGGUCUGUGUAGAACUUACCUCCACUUUGAUACGCAAGUUAAAUGACAGUGCUGCUGUUUGAAAUUUUCAGAUUUUCUGUGCUUUCAGUUAGUGUUCAGUAACUUUAGCACUGCUUUAAUAAUUCACAUCAUACAUGCUGCAGUUUUGAAGAUUGUUGUCAGGACUCUGGAAGGUUUGAAAUGUAAGGGUUCAAAAAGAUCCUGAAUUUGACACGUUUUAUUAAAUUGUCUUUAGAAGGAAAUGUUAGGUCGGUCAGACUGGUUCUAAUGAGUUUUAUGGAUGAAUUGGAGCUCUUUAAAUGUCUGAUUAGUGGUGGGCACAGCUAACCAAAAAGUUAUCUUUUAUAAAGCUAAACUGAUAAACCCCUAAAAAAAAAAAAAAAAUUUAGCAGAAGUUACAGAUAAAAGCUAAACCGAUAAGUUUCAG